AUGGGUCGCCACUCUAGAAGUCGAGAAGCUCCCAAUUUGGCUCGAGCGAGAGCUGAUAUUCAACGGCUAGUUGGCGAUGGGUCCAAAACGACGUCUGUCAGUAGGAAAUCCCGUCGAAAGCUACAGCGUUCGGAAAAGAAGCAGGGAAAAAGGCUGGUCGGUAAGUCUCAGCAGACUGAAGCUACUGGUUUCAAAAUUGCCACCACCAACAAGGAUGGAGCAGGCAAUCGGAGGAACAAGGCUGAUUCAUCAGCAUCAUCUAAGUUCAGCAAAGGAGGUCUAGAUUUUGCGAACCGAUUUGAGGAUCGUGAAAUUCACCGUUUAGAAAAGCAGCUGAAGCUUACAAAAAGAGGCAAAAAGUUGCCAAAAGGUUUUGCUGAUGAUGGUCUGGAUUAUUUGCUAGAAGUUUGUGAUCACGUGUCCACCUCUGCUCCGGCUCAGGCAGCAAAGACAACCACCGGCACCACUAAACCGGCUAAAAGGUUGACGGAACUAGAAAAAUACGUCCAGGAAAAGCGCAAUGCAGCAGCAGCAGCAGUACCGCCAGGCGCAACUCAGAAAGUUUCCAGGCGUGGGUAUAGUGGUGACGAUGCUUGUGAUGACAACGACAGCAGCACCUCAGAGGAGGAGAUGGAUGAUGAGUUUGCUGAGGAUGCUGAUGCUACUGUUGGUGGUGGUGCUAGUGAUGACGAUGAUGUGCUGUUUGGCUGCGAGGAUAGUGACAUCGACGAUGAUGAGAGCGAUGGCGAUGUUGAAUAUGACUACAGCGAAAGCGAUGGUGGUGAUGAUGAUGCUCCUAUGGAGGCCGACAAUGCCACUCGGUAUUCUGCUGCUAGCAGUAAAGAGAUGGUUCACGACGAGAAGUUUGAUCAGCUGGCACGUCAAGUGAAAGGGCUGAUUAACCGGUUGUGCGAAAGCACCUUGAAGACUACUAGCAACAAGAUCCAGCAGCUCUUCUCCACCAAUAGUCGUAACAAUACCAAUACGUGUUUGAGUAGAUGCAUAUUGGCAGUUUGUAUUACACCGGCAUUGCAACCUGACCGUCUGUUGGCAGAGCACAUGCUGCUUGUUGCUGUGUUACAUCGAACUGUCGACACGGAUGUGGGCUGUCAUUUCCUGGAGGAGCUGGUGAAGCACUUUGAUUCGCUGCACAGACAUAAAGGAGCAGCGAGCAGCACAGCUUCUGGGACUACUGCUGAAUCAAGCAAGGAAUGUGACAAUGUUGUAGCCAUGCUUGCUCAUCUCUACCUCUUCAAGGUUGCACGCUAUUCUCUCAUCAUUGACAUCAUAAAGCGCUUACUGGGCCGCUUUCAGGAUGAAGAUAUCACCAUGCUGCUGCAGCUGCUGAAAACCUGUGGCGGGGAUAUUCGCAAGGACGACCCCAGUGCUCUCAAAGAGGUCAUCUCUACAGUGAGAAGCAGGUCAAAGGAUACCACGAGAGUUGAUGAGUCGCGGAUGCGGUUUACGAUAGAUGCGCUGAUGGCAGUCUGUCACAACAACUUUCGCAAACUACCAGGUUACGAUCCAGACUCAAUACGGCACAGAUCCCGUGUUUUACGCGGAAUGUUACCUGGAUCGGUAGCAUUGGCGGACGCACAAAUGCGUAUUGGCUAUGAUGACCUGGCAAAUGCACAGGAGAAAGGUCGCUGGUGGGUAGUUGGCUCUGCCUGGACUGGUCGCUCUACUUCAGCAAGGUCCACAGCGUCUGGCCAGCAACCAGCCAGUGACAGCCACGUUGUGCUGGAUGAGAAGUUGUCGCAACUAGCUCGAGUGCAACACCUCAACACCGACCUGAGGAAAAACAUCUUCGGAAUACUGAUGACAUGUGAGGAUGUCGUGGAUGCCUUUCAGAAAUUGCUUCGACUCAACUUGAAAGGUCAGCAAGAACGAGAGAUAGUACAUGUUGUUCUUCACUGCUGCUUCCAGGAAAAAGAGUUCAACAUAUUUUACGCUUGCCUAUGUGCCAAGCUGGCAGCUUACAGCCGCAGCCACCAGAUCACCAUCAGAUUGGCUAUUUGGGACCGGCUCAAGUCGUUGGCAUCGAUGAACAAGCGCCAAACAGCUGUUUUGAGGAAACUGAUGCUGCACUUCCUUCUGGAGAAAACACUGACGUUGGCAUUGAUCAAAAAUGUUGAUUUCUCACACCUGGAUCCUGCAUCUCUAAAUUUCUUUCAAGAUUUAUUUGUUGAUGCUGUGGUCAAGUAUCCUCCUGGCUGCUUCCAGAAGAUUGUGGAGAAGUCAUCCUGCCCACCUCCAAUUCAUUUACCAGCUUUUCUGCGCUUUGUUGUGCGUCAGGAAACUGGCACUGGCAAGAAUGCCGAAUAUGUUCAGGAACAACUGAAAGGCAUCGUCGAUGCAUGUCGUACAUAACAUAAUGCUGAUGUCCGCUGUGCCGCUACCUUGAUAUACAAUUCAAAAAUACAGUCUGUAUGGGCUAUAGUGUACCCUUUUGAUUUUCGUGAUAUUAUCACUAUAUCCGAUGCAUCACUAUAAUUAUGCGAUACGAUCGAUUUUUUUAUUUUAUUUCGAUCGACACAUGAAAAACAAGGAAAUACUUCCAGCAUGGCGUUUUGACAAAUGAGCAUGCUGCAUAGUUGACAGUGCCCGUAUUUCCAUAUAAAAUUCUGCUAUGUACAUGUACAUGUAUCACUAUAAAAAUAAGCAACGUGAAGAAAGUAAAAAAUAGGGCCUUUGAUAUUAUUGCUACAUGCAUUUUAUAGUUAUCGCUAUAGCCGAUAAUAAUAUAUUGUGUUAUGCAUGUUUUCAAGAGUGCAUAAACAAGGGUAUGCAACUGUGGUUAUGGGUCAGUGCGCGGCGCGCUGCCUUCAUUACGUAACUUGCCAUCAUCACGCUCUGAGAGCAUGCAUUCAAACUCACAAUUUCUCGUACGAGCCCAUCCGUUUUUGCUCGAUUCGAUCCAGUACUUACGCGAUCUCUAAAUUCUGGCGCGUGAACUCCAGUUGCGUACGAAAGUUCAUUUCAAACCAGAGAGAAAGUGCGGUGUUUGAUUUUCCGCA